AUGGACCGUGCUGAGAGAUGGGAGGAAAAGCUGCAGGCCUGGGUAGAACAUGUCAGGAACAAGGCUGGUGGUCAUCAGCUAGAGUUCAAUGCACAGGAUUUUAAAAUCAUGCCUAUCAAGAUAAAUUGUGGCAUGAACGAAGACGAUCCAAUUAGCUUUCUCCGAUUCUACAGGAGAGAUGAACCUAACAUACCAAUACAACUGUCCAGAGAUGAGAUCUCCUUCCUCCUGCCUGAGAGAUUUGCUGAAAUCAAAGUCAUGGUUUUCUACAAAAGAGAGGACGAACAUGUGGUGGAUCUGAUGAAGAGACACAUUGAAGCACUGUGGGAGGAGCUGCAGAGAGCUCCUGAAAAUCAGUCAGAGGUUCCUCUCUUAAACUGACUGUCACACUUUCAUGUCUUGUGUGUUUCCUUUUCUGUUCCUUCUGCCCUGUCCUGCCUUUCAGCCUGUUUCCCCCCCCCCCCCCCACAUUGGCCCUGUGUUUUUGCCUCAGCCCCGCCCUGUCAUCUGUGUUCCCACCCGUCUUGUUAGUUACCCCGCCACCUCAUUACCUGUCCCAGGUGUUCCUCACCCUCUUUGUGUAUAUAAGCCCCUUUGUUUCAGUGCUGCUUGUGGAGUCUUUUGUGUGUAUACUAUGCCAUGUAUGCGUGUUUUUGUUUUUGAUCCCUGUGUGUAAUUUUCAGCUAUUCAGUUUCUCGUUUUCUUAGUUUUGGUUAGUCUUUGUUCUUGUCUUAAGUUAACCUAGCCUUGUUUAUUUUUUUAUGUUUUGCUUUUCUCAUGUUUUUGCAACAUUUAUACACACAUAUCUAUCUGUAACUCACAUUAAAUAUGACAGCAUUUAUAAGAAAGCUGUUUUUU